AUGUCUGCUACAAUUACGGACCUAGUGAAAGGACCUGUCCCAGCAGAGUAUGACUUUUACGUGACGAGUUUAAAUAAGUACGAAGACCUCGACUCUGUUUUAACAAGUCCCGAGAUGGAAAGUUUGUACAAUUUUUGCAAGGAGUACAAUGAUAAUGUUAAACACAAAAACAAACUCUCGUCGGUCGCGCCAGUCCUAAAAAGGUUCAAAGAUAAAGCUAUCAACAACAAGCUACAUGACCUGGCAAUGAUUGCAGAUGGGACAAUUUGCUGA